CACUCUCAAAACUGGCGUCUGAGGACGAAGGCCUUCUUCUCCAAGUUGUAGCCAUGGCUCCGCACGCUCCGGAGUCCUCGUCCCCGUUCGCCACCGCUGCGGACGCUAAGGCGAUCGCCAGCGAUGCUGACAAGCCGUCAAUGUCCGUUUCGGAGCCGUCUCAGGGUUGGCGCCGCGACAUGCAUCUCGUUGGCGUCAUCUUCCUUGUCAGCACGGCGCUGCUUGGCAUAACGCUGCACACUCUGGUGAUCUCGGCGCUCACAGACGCGGAGUGGGGAGCUCUGCGACUGCCGACGUCGCUGGAGGCUGCGCAGCAGCUAGGUGAGACGCUGCAGAGCUUCUCGGAGCGCCAGUCAGGCUCACUGCUGCUUGCACACAUGGGCUGCUACCUGUACCUGCAGACUUUCGCCAUCCCGGGCACCGUGUUCUUCAACCUGCUUGGUGGUGCGCUGUUCGGCGUGACGCUGGGCUUUCCGCUUUGCUUGGUUUACAACACGCUGGGUUCCGUCUUCAUGUUCCUACUGUCGCGUCGCUUCGGCCGCCGCGUGGUCACUCGCUUCUUUCCGCGCAAACUCGACACUUUACGCGGUAUGCUCGACGCGCACCGCGACGAGAUGGCGUUGUACAUGAUCUUCUUGCGUGUGUUCCCAUUCACACCCAACUGGUUCAUCAACAUGGCGUCGCCGCAUCUGGACAUCCCGCUGGGCCAGUUCACGCUGGGUCCGCUCAUUGGUCUCAUCCCGUACAAUUUCCUGAGCUGCAAGGCUGGCCUCAUCUUACGUGAGCUUCGGUCACGCGGAGAUAUCAUCGACACAGCCACCACAGUGCAGCUUAUCGUUGUGGCAGCUGUGGGAGGUCUCGUGCUGCCCCGACUCAAGAAGCAUUUCGCCACGAGCUCUGCACCCGUGGCGACGGCGCCGAUCAAGCAAGACUAGGUGACUAGAUGUGAUGUAUUUCAUAUACUCAGCGAGUCCGCAGGAUAUUUUUUUUUCUGGAGACUUGUCUCCUUUAUCAAGCGAAGUCGCUGUAGAUAAUCUUAUUUGAAAUGUGCCUUGUGAUUUUUCUUUUCAUUCAAUUAUUAGUUCGCG